CUCUCCUUCUUUCCUAAAGGAUAGAGAGCUAUUCCUGCAAAAUGGCAGGGGAUGACAAGCAGAUGUUUAAACAGUUCUGCCAAGAUGGACAGCCCCAUGUCCUGGAAGCCCUUUCCCCACCUCAGACUACUGGAAUUAGUCCAAACAGGUUGAGUAAGAGCCAAAGUGGUGAUGAAGGAGAGGGACCACUCUGUGACAAGUGUAGCCGCAAGACACUCUUCUACCUGAUUGCUACACUCAAUGCAUCAUUCCGCCCGGAUUAUGACUUCAGCACAGCUAAAAGCCACGAGUUCAGCAAAGAGCCCAGUUUGAACUGGGUGGUGAACGCUGUGAACACCAGCUUGUUUUCUGCUGUCGGAGAGGAGUUUAACACAUUGAAACCCCAGCUUUGGGAUGCUAUUGAUGAAGAGAUUUGUCUGUCAGAGUGUGACAUCUACAGCUACAAUCCUGAUCUGGACUCUGACCCAUAUGGCGAGGAAGGCAGCCUUUGGUCUUUUAACUAUUUCUUCUACAACAAGAAACUCAAAAGGAUUGUGUUCUUCACGUGCCGCUCUCUAAGUGGUUACUUGUAUAGUCAGGGCACUGAGACCAGCAACAACUUUGAUAUGGAUCUGGAAGAUGACACCCUCCUUAGUCAGGAUGAAGAUGAGGAUGAAGCAAUCGAAGAGACAAGGUACCAGGCAGUGUGCGUCUAAGCAAUGAACACAUCACCCACUCUUCAGCACCUUUGCUUCCUGUAACCUCCAAGCUGACUGCAAAUGUAUGAAGCUGAAAGACCAACGUGUUCCUCAUUUUAAUCUCAGGCAUUUAAACUUAUUUUUGACUUUGGUGCAGAUCUGUUGGUAGACUUGGUGAGUUUCGAGAGUAUUGCACCAGAAACACUCAGGAGGCCUUUGGUUUUUAAAUGGCUGCCUCCUGUUUUUUGACCCAGGAUUACCAGAGUGGAUGAGUCAUUGUAGCAGUUCUUUUUGACUCCAUCGCUGACAUUCAUCUCUUGUUACAUGUACUAUAUGGCAUGUUUAGAAAGCCAAGUGAACAAACUGUUGUCUUAUGUGAGAAGAAAGGAUGAGUACACCAGUGUAUUCCAUGGAUCAGGGUCAGCUUUGCACUUACAAGCUCUUGGCUGUUGUGAAGGAUUUUGUUUUUUGGCAUAACUGAACUCUGAAAAUCAGCAUACUGACAACUUCCUGGUGAUUCCUGCAAAGUGCCCGACACCUCCCACUCUCCGUCAGCACCUGUUUGGUGUCCUGUGCUGCUGGUUUAUAGCUGAGUAUACUGAUUGCAAUGGACUAGAUCAGGUUCUGCACCCCCAAGGACAGCUGAUUAAUAAUCAUCUUGUUUUGCUCUUAAAGUGCUUGUGCUCUCUUCUCCAAUGCUGAAGUUUUUCCAUCUCCCUUGCCCCUUUUUUUGAAAGACCAUUGAACUAUUCUGGUGGUUUUUCUUAUUCAGCAGGCUAUUGUCAAUUAGAUUUUUGCUGUUCCUCUAUUCUGGUUCUAAAUUGGAGCUUGCAAUAUGGCAGAGCCGACCACACACACUCACCCUAUAAAGUCUUCUUUUAAGUUUAUCUUUUGAUUCACAAAUAUUGUAUAAGCUUAAAUGCUUUGCAUAUGUUAGAAGUAUGUUUUUGAUUUUUCUUGUAACCAGUAAGGGAAAAACUUUGAUUUUGUGAUGAGUUGAGGUCUGGCUUUUGCAAUCUGUUAUGAAACUCUCUGUAUUACAAGGGGCUGAGGGAAUAUUUCCACUGGAUUAUGUCAUCAGGCUAAAACUUUGAAAAAUUGGCUCCGAGCACUUGUUGUAGAAUUUCACUUCAAUAAUGAGUCUUUGGCUGAAGCUAGGCAGCAGUGAUGGGAUGGGACUUCACAACUGACCUAAAUUUUAGUUGUUCCUCUGAACUUGAUCAUUCUAUACCUGCUGUUGUCACUUCAGGAGGCAUCAGUUUCCAAUAUCCUGGCAUUCUCCAUCUUUCUGCCUAGUAUGAUGUCAUGGUUGUGUUCUAAUAUAAAUCGGGUUUGAUGCAGUCAGUAUAAGGGCAGCACGGUGGUUCAGUGGUUAGCACUGCUGCCUUACAGCGCCAGGUACCUGGGUUUGAUUCCACCCUCGGGCAACUCUCUGUAUAGAGUUUGCACAUUCUUCCCGUGUCUGUGUGGGUUCCCUCCGGGUGCUCCAGUUUCCUCCCACAGUCCAAAGAUGCUCAGGCUAGGUGGAUUGGCCAUGCUAAAUUGUCCCAUAGUGACCAGGGAUGUUUAGGUUAGGUGGGUUAGACAUGGGAAAUGCAAGGGUGGGGGAAUGGGUCUGGGUAGGAUGCUGUUUGGAGGGGUGGUGUGGUCUUGUUGGGCUGAAUGGCCUAUUUCCACACUGUAGGGAUUCUGAUUUUAUGAACUGUUUCAAAUUGCUUGGAUUAUACCAAUCAUCUUUGCAUAAGGGGGGAGGAGUUUUGGGAUAAAGGGAAGUGUGUUCAAAUUCAAAACAUUGUUUCUCUGUAGAGUAGGAGAGGCUUGAGGCUUCACCAUGAUUGAUCAUUGGGAGAUACAAUGCUUCCCAUUUUCUGACUAGUCCGAAUUAAAAGCUUGUUUGUUCUUUCUCUCCUGCCCGCACUGAUCCCCCUUCUGAACCUCCCUUUCAAGUCUGAAAUAAUAUGCCUUCUUUCUGAAUGGUCCUUUCAAAAAUCUGAGGUUCAAGGCAGUAGGAAUGCAGGAAUUGCAGCAGAAGUAGAUCGUGGAACUUAUCAAGCCUGCCUUCCCAUUCAAUAUGACCAUGCUAAUUGUCUGCCUCCUCUACUUUCCUUACUACAUCCCAUAUUUGUUAUCUUGAAUAUAUUCAAUAAGAAAGCAUCCACUAUCCUCUCGGAUAGUGUUCUGAAAAAUUCACAAUUCACCAUUUUUACGGUCUGUGAGUGUCGACUGCCUGGGUUAGUAAUCUAAUUGCUGCACCGUUGUACUGCAUAAGGCAGUGAAUACUUCCUCUGCAAUCCAUUCCUUGCAGUCAGUCACUAAGUGUUCUCUCUAUUUGAACUCAAGAAACUUAAAAUUUGAAUAAAGUUAUACAGGUUGGAACAGGCACCUAUUCACCCGUCAGCGAUAAGUGAGAUUGCCAUUUUGUUGUUUUUCCUGUGCUUCCCUAUCUUUUUUUACUCCUUAAUGCUGCUUCACCUGUGAGUUUUGCUGAGAUUCAGGAAUUGAGAAGCCUGCAGUCUAGAUACACCGUGCUUAUGCACUUAACUGAACCCGUCUUCAGCUUUUUGUAGCUGACUUAGAAAAUUUGCACUUUUCGUUUUGUAUGCCUGGUUUAUAGAAUGUAUAAUAUUUCUACAGCACUGUCAAAAUCCUGAAUGCUCUUGAUAUUAGAAGAGAAACACCGAACAUUUGAGGCAGUCUGUUCACAUGAAGUGCCAGAGUUGGGCUUGUUUAAUAUCUUUUAUUAAAGUUGAUCACCAGCAUCGUUAAGCUUGUCCAUUAUGGCAUCUUUCCAUUGGGCCAAUGGAAAUGAGGACAAAGUGCACCAUGUACGUUUAAUGUAAUCUUCAGGAAUGACUCUGGUGUUUGUAUAAAGCAAUGUUAGGCUACUUCCUUGCAUUGGCGAUGGGGGAAGCUGAUGUACAGACCUCCCCUAAGCUAACUUUCUAAUGUGAGCCAAUGUUUGUAAACCAAAACAUAUCUGAUUGCUGUGCUUGUGAUUUUUUAAAAAUUUUGUCUACUGAGGUUCAUUGUCAGAGAUCAAUACAUAAGUUAGUCCAUAGGAAUUGCUAGAUGGAAAAAAAAACACUGCAGUCUGUCUAGUUUACCGUUUUUAUUUGACUAUCUUGCUAGUUAAUGACAUAAUUAUAAUGGAGCUAGUGACCAGUCAGAGCAAUUGAAUCUGCAACUGAUCCAAAUGGGAGGUGAGUGAUAGUGUUUUUGGGAGCUGUAGGUCCAGAGGCUCUUGUUCUCCCCAAGCACACUGUACACACCCAGUCACAUCCUGAGUUGGGCAGUGAACCAGCAGAAGCCACAAUAUAAGGGACGAGUGGCACACUUUGAAGUUAAGCCGCAUUCCUCUUUUGGGUAACCCUGGACAUUGGCUACAUUAAAGAACUUCCCAGUCUUGUUUUUUGAUCCCUCGAAAAAAAAGGUUUGUCCUGAUUAAAAGGAUUGGUUGGUUCUAAAUGAGACCAGAGUGUUCCGGUGCCUCAAUCUAAAGAGUGAUUGUAAACAUAGACUCCAAACUGUACCAAAAAGCUUGAAUUGAUUUUUCUCCAGUUUGCCACCCUUCGACUCAGUUUGUAAGCUGUCUUGCUGUUGAGUCAGAAGCUCAAGGGUUUGAACCCCGCCCUAGUUGUCUAACCUUGGGUCAAUGCUGAGAGGGUAUCACUCAGUCAGAGUUCGUCCUGAGACAUUACCGCAUUAUCUUUUUGUUAAUGUGAAUCCAAGAUGCCAGCUACCUCCUGGCUAGAUUUCAAAGAUCCCUUGCCAUAUUUCAACAGGUGUGAGGAUAUUCUAGUGUCCUGGACAAUAAGCAUCCCUCAGGCAAAAAGUUACCUCGUCUUUUACCUCCUUGUUUGGGACUUUGUGUACAAGUUGGUUGACAUUUCCCUAAAUUACUAGUGACCCAAUUUUUGAAAAAUGCACUUAACAGGUUCUUCACUUGAAUCGGAAAUAGAAGGAAUGACUUCAACCUGUCCUCAAAUGGGCAUUCUGUAACUGAAGUGAAUGAAGCUAUUUGCCAGGUCAGGCCUUGGAGCAGUUUGAUAUUAUCCAUCGAUCACUUUUUAAGGGCAGGUGGAUCCACCUCAGUAUUGGGCUGAGAUCAUCGUACUCCUAGUGUUGUACCUUAAGGUGGUUCUAGUACAUGUGCUAUAUUGAAAGGCCAAAGGGAUGUCUUGGAGGCUACCCCCCCACCCCCCCAAAAAAAAAGACAAACAGCAAGCGUCCCUUGCAAAUAUUGGUUUUCUUCAUUAUCGACACUUGUGGGAUACAAGCUACAGAUUAGGUUUAGGUCUCCUUGAGACUCUAUUGAAAUUGGGGAAAAUUAAAAUCUUUCAGUGUUGAGCUCCCACUGUUGACACUGCAGCGUAUCACUGUGCAAGUCUAUGCAAACUGCAACCCUGUCUUGUGAACCAAGCAACAACCUGUCUAACCAUCUGAGGGUGAAAGGUGCUCAAAGUAUCUAUUCUGUAAGGCCACCAGCUAUUAGAUAUUAAAAGUAAAAACUUUGUAAUGUAUGAUUCAUAAUCUUAUGAGGAGGAUUAGUACAGAAAGAGGAAACAUUGGUUCUACUGGCAAGAUGGUUGGUGACCACACAGCAAGAAUUAUAAUUUGGUAUAGUUAGCAAAGAGGGAUGGGGUCUUUGUAUGCAAUGAUCUAAAGUCAACUGUCACAAAAGUAUGGUGGAAACAGAUUUAAUAACUUCUCAGAAGUCCCCUACUUAAGAAGUGGUUGCAAGGUAAUUAGACUAUUUGGUAACAUCUGAGUGCUGUAUAGGCUUGCUGGAGUGAAUAGUCUCCUGUGCUCUAAUUCCAGAAUAAGCGGGUUUAAAUAGUCUGAUUCUCAAUCUAAGAUUUUCACCUUUGAAAGACAGUAGCCACAAUGCACCAACUCUUAUUAAAAGGAUGGAAAAUUGUGUCUGGUUUUCUUUAUUGCACUGAUUAUUUAAGGGCUGUGUCACUUACUCCAUGUACAACAUUUUAAAAUUCUUGUGUUGAUUUUCUCUGUUUUACUCUGGUCUUUUCACACAACAAAUAAAACAUGCUUUGCUUGGCAA